UGCAGUGUCGACAAAGCAAAAUACUUUACAUGCUGUACGCUUCCUGAAACAGCACAUAUCUAAGUUACCCAAAUGUGAAUUUCUGAAGCCUGAGGCAGAGAGAAGACAUUCAACCCAUAACAGAAGACAGCUCAUUUCAGUGGACUCCCAGUAUUUGCACUGUAUCCUUUAAGUGUAAAAAUGCCUCGUGUAAGUAAAAAACCCCGUAAUGCGCGCACCACAAAAGAAGAAAUAGGCUCUCUCCCUUUUCCUGUCAAAUUCUUGGAUCAGGACUACCAGGAAUUGCUCCAGAAAUGCCUGCUCAAUAAGAAGAACUUUGUUGAUGAAAAGUUCCCUUUGGACCGCAGCUCUAUUGAUCCAUGGAAGACGCUUGAAGAACUGAAUCAGGGCCAAAUCAAGUGGUUGAGACCAUCACAAAUAGUGAAAGACCCUCAGCUCAUUGUAGAGGGGGUCUCACGCUUUGACUAUGCCCAAGGAGAUUAUUUAGGAAACUGCUGGUUUCUUGCUUCAGUUGGGGCUUUAACCUUUCAGACGGAUAUCUUGAACCAGGUCAUGCCAGCUGGCCAGUCAUUCAGUAAAAACUAUGGAGGGAUAUUUCACUUCAGAUUCUGGCAGUUUGGGAAAUGGAUUGAUGUUGUCAUUGAUGACCAACUGCCGACAAUAAACGGCAAGCUAAUUUUUGUUCAUUCAAAAACGUCAAAUGAGUUUUGGCCUGCCUUGCUGGAGAAGGCUUAUGCCAAGGUGUGCGGCUCCUAUGCUGACAUGCAUGCUGGUUUUGUGUCGGAGGCCCUCAUGGACUUCACUGGUGGAGUGCAUUUGUACUUAGAACUGAAAAGACCUCGCACUGAUCUGUGGGAACUGAUGGAUUGUGCAACCAAAGCAAAGGCCCUGAUGGGCUGUGGCACUCCUCAGGGGAAAACAUCUGCAAACACAGUAUUACCCAAUGGCAUAGUUCAGGGCCAUGCGUAUACAGUGACAGGGGUUUUUAAGGUAACAUGCCAAGGAAAACCAGUAAAGCUGGUGAGAGUCUUAAACCCAUGGGGAGAAGGAGAAUGGACCGGUGAUUGGAGUGACAGAUCCCCACUGUGGGACAAAGUGAGUGAAAAGGACAAAUCCAAGUGUUAUUCGUUGGCCAAUGACGGGGAGUUCUGGAUGUCAGUGGAGGAUUUCACCAAAAGCUUCGAAGACCUUGAUAUUUGCUGCCCCCGCCCUGAUUUUCUGAGUGGUACCUCUAAAUGCAGCUGGACGUCCACUUGCUAUAAUGGCAGCUGGGAGGCUGGAACUACAGCUGGUGGAUGCAUCUAUAAUAGAGAUACCUUCUGGACAAACCCACAGUUUCGGGUGAGGAUUGAAGAGCUUGAUGAGGAAUGUGCUGGUGGGCAGUACCCUGAAAACAUACUGGUGUCCCUCAUUCAGAUCAAUGAAAAGAGAAACAGAAGUCUUGCUUCUGAACGCUCAAUUGGCUUCUAUGUUUUUGCGAUACCACCGGAGCUGAAAGAUGAAAUAGGAAAUUUCCCAGCCAAGUUCUUUAAUCAAAGAAAACCUGUGGCAGAUACUGGGAUCUUUGUCAAAGUAAGAGAAGUGAUGAGUUUCUUCAAACUUAAACCAGGGGAGUAUAUCAUCAUACCAUCCACUUACAAGCCUAAUGAAAAUGCAAAAUUCAUUCUGUCCGUUUACUCAAAAAUUGAAUCUCAUAAGAGAACUGGGAAACGUGUGAUGACAGAUGUUUGACUGAGGCAAAGUGUUGUGCUUUAUGUAGCAUUAAAUGACUAAGAACCACCCACUUAGAGCCAUCCGACAUUUAUAGUUAUAAGUAAGAUUGUUUUUAUAAUUUUGGCAAGUUGUCAUGUCCACUUGCAACACAUACGUUCACAUGCAUUUUAACCUGAAAUAUAAUUGCUACUGUGAAACAUUGGAAUUUAUUAAACAGUAUUAGAGAUGGGAAAACCCAGUGUUAAGUGCUAUGCUGUUUAUAAACAACCAUGAUUGUAUUUUUUAAACCAGUGUUAGGUCAAAUAUAAACAUUUUCUGGUAAAUUUUACCCAACAGCGGGGUUCGCCCCUUUUUGAACCAAUGCUGCGUUGAAAAUAACCCAGCCUUUAUUUUGUACACUCCAAGAUCUUUAACCACUCAAAAUGUAUGCAAACCAAAUUGUGAUGGUCCUUUAAUGUAUAUGAUUGUCUCCUUUUGUUAUACUUUACUUGUAUGUAAUAUCUGCAUUUGUGAAACUGUUUUCAGUCAGUUGAUUUAAGUUCUGUUAAACUUAUACUCAAGGUUUGUGUUUAGCUUGGGAGUGUAGUCAGUAGUUAACAUUUUUUAUGCAAUUUUACUCCUAUCAGCAUGUGCUAACAAAAGUAACUUGGAAAACUGUGUACAUUAAUAAAAAAAUAUUUUGACAAA